AUGACAACAUCCUUGGAUCAGCUGGUCAAGGGUGCUUCACUACCCGGAGCUCGCGCCCCAACACCAGAGCCAUUGAUGUCUACACACGCUUCGUCCCCGCCACGACCCUCAACCCCAGAUCCACUAGCCUCCCUCCCUUCUUCGCCACCCCAGAUCUAUCUAAACCUCUUGAUUCUUGAAGCAUCGCUACGUGCACAAUACCUGGCCUUGCGCGAACGUCGUCGCCAAAACACUUUCUUCCUGUUGCUUCUAGCGGCGUGGAUCGCUUACUUCUCAUAUGCAUUAUUCCUUCGUCCACGAGAGGAUGGCCGCGGACUUGGUGGCUCUGUAUAUUGGGUAGUGGAAAUGGGAGAAAAGGUAGCACUCCUUGGUGGGGUGGUGACGGCUUUGCUAGUAUGGGGAACGGGGCAAUGGGAACGUGGAAUUCGCUGGCCACGGCGAUGGCUCGCUGUCGCCAACCGCGGUCUACGCAAUAUGAACACGAAGAUUAUCGUGAUACGGGGGCCUUGGUGGCAAGAGCUACUCUCCUAUAUCUCAUUCCUGUUUCCUUUUUCUGCGCCGUUCUUCCCCUCGCCCACUGGGAACUUCCAUUUCGUUGAACGUCACCCCUCCGAAAAGCGCGGUAGUCGGCAGCACUACCAGCAGUAUUACAACGGCGGUGACAGCGAGUCUGGCUUGGUGGAGGAAGACCUUAGCUCUGGUGGUGACUAUAUUCGUCUUUUGCUGUUGCCUAAAUCCUUCUCCCCAGAGUUCCGUGAGAAUUGGGACGACUACCGCACCGAUUUCUGGGAUAAAGAAAAUGAGCGCCGAACUCAGCUGCGUCAUAAGCUGCGCGAGAGGGAGCGCCAGCUUGCCCAGUCCGAGGGCGGAUGGCUUUGGCGAAUUGGUCUAGGCUGGCGAGCUUCCCAGCGCCGCCGUCUGGUCGCAGCCACUAUACACCGAUCUCUCGAGGCAGAAACCAAACCGCGACACCAGCAUCAAUCGUCCGUCUCUUCCCGACUCAACCAGGACCAUCGCCCGACUUCUCGCCGCCCUGAAUCAACCCAUUCCCGUACCUCUUCUUGCAGCCCCACUCCCGAUGAUCGACCACCAUCCCGCUCUGGGUCUGGUCGUCCCCGCCGCGGAAGCACCACUCCAUCUAUAUCCGGCGCUGAACAAACUCCCCAGCAACGGAAGCGAAAGGGCUCCAAGACAUCACGACGUGGUCCAUCGCCUCUAACACAGGCACAGGCCCGAGAAGGUGUGCGGGUCCCGUCGUUCUCGUCCGACGAUUCGGGGAUCACGCCUAUGGCUGAGGUCGAUAAAGAGACUAUACCCACUUCUGUACCUUAA